AUGCCGCGGCUGCCCUCGUGGGACUAUGUUGCCCAUCUUUACAGGACUGUUGUCGACGACGUGAUUCCUCGACUCCAGGCCAUGGCAGAGAACGAGAACCUGCGUUCGCUUCGUCGUUUUGAGCGAGAUGAACCGCCUGAGUACGCAUCGUCCACCGAUGAUGAAUAUCUUGACAUUCACGUCAUCCCACCAUCACCGCCGACCCCGCUUCAGCCACAAGAGCUGAAAGCUCUCCUAGAUCGCCCUUUCAGUCAGCAAGAGCUGCGCUCAGUAUCGUAUUUGAUACGCAGUCUCGCCCGCCCCGACCAUGUUUACCAUGAUGAGGUGUAUCGCGAACACGCUCGGUUCCAGGAUUGGUACUGGGAUCGCGGCGGUCCGAGGCCCGAGAUGUUCAGACGAUUAGAUGGCAUCAUGCGCGAAGGGGUCAUCGCUCGCCAUCUUGUCAAGCGGCGGUGGGAGAAACUGGGUGUCUGGAAUCCCAAGUGGGGUUUCGCUGGCCGCAAUAUGCACCCGUCCGACGACUUCGAGAGUUGGACGUGGUGGUGGCAGCCUGAAGGAUGGGCGGAUCACACGGGCGAUGACUUUGCUACAAGCCCUUGGCGGACCCUGGUUGCGCGGGCAGUACAACUCCGCCAGAAUCUGCGCCGCGGCGAGCGCGCCCCCCUCACACCCAGGUCCAGUCUCACGCUAGAGGCGACUGCUGCCGAGGCCGAGGCAUUCUUCUUCUCUAGGCCAUGGUUUGUGUUUGCCGUCGAGGUCGCUGAAGAGUGCGUGAGACUCGACCGACUGCCCGAACACGAAAGGGGUCAACUACCCUCCGCAACGAAUCAGGUCGUCAAGUGGUGGACAGAGCGCGGUGACUGGAGAGAUGGCCUAGACAAGUCUUGGAAAUGGCCUCAUGAGUCUCCUUCCCCAGAGCCCGAGGAUCUCGCUCCUGCGGAGGCGAUGAAGGACAGCCCGCUCGACGUGGCGGAGGAGAUGGAGUUUACUCCUUCCGAAAUCGACGAGCUGGAGACGAUCGAUCUCCCGAGAUCCGAGCGGCCCAAGGGGUCCUGGGUCAGACGCGGUAGCGACUACAUCACAAUGUUAUUUCCCGGAGUGCACGUCGAUGCCGCGGCAGAGAGCGCUAAGAGGCAACGACGGGACGACGAGCGAAUCGAGAAAUUGAAGGCCGCGGGACUGUACAUCGCACCGCCACCAAAAAGCCCUGAUGUCAGGAAUAUUUUCGGAGCGUUUGCGUUCGAAUGUGACAAGUCAGACGAGUCACGGCAGGCAGGGGUGCUCGAUGCUCUUUCGAGAGAGUCGUCCCCGGACCCAAAGGAAGACACCAAUCGUUCUCCGCCGUCGACCCAAGGACGCUUGCGCCAGCCACAAGACCGGGUAGACAACGUCCAGGGCCGAGACCUCUUACCGACACCGACACCGCCACCCCGACGAAGCGCUAGAAUCGCCGCAAAGCGUGCCGGGGAGCCUCUGCCAUCGCAAGCAGAGCCAAACAAGAGACCUCGGAGGGUGGCACACAGAGCUGCACAACCUGCCACCACCCCCGCCGCCACCGCGACAUCCACCCCAUCUCGUAGCCACAAAAGCCAAAAGACCAGGCCAGAUUCCGCAGGGAGGCCGUUGAAUGGCAGGGUGAGGGCUCGCCCAGGCAAGGGACGGAGCCGCCCGAAGAAGGAGAAGGGACCAAAUAUGCACUCCACGGCGGCCGGGAAGAAAGAGCCUGCGUUCGCAGACACCAAGACCCGGAGGACCAACAUCCCCAGGGCGGCGAGCAAAGGUGCGCGGGGUGGUCCCAGGCGACGGGGAAGACCUAAGAAAGACAGUUAG